GCGCCCUUUUUAACCGCCUUAGGUUGCUGUUGCCGUUAUUGUCCUCUAGAUGGCAGCAGCAUAUCACAUGACGUUAACCACGUGAUCUUGCGAACGCUCAUAAACAAAGCACCGCUGGGAAAGAGUCAUUCAAGAAAAUCACCGUCAGGAACAAGUUAGAAACUUUUCCCUCAGCAGAUGCAGCUUUAUUCAGAGCAGGACACGUGUUACAGGCCUAAUGGAGAAGACAAGCCAACCUGUGAAAAAGAGAGGAAAAACUCGCUCCAAAGGGAAAGGAAAAUCACUGAAGAAAAAAGAGAAACGCUCAGAUUUCACCUGCGCUCAGUGUGGAAAGAGUCUGUCAUGCAAAAAAACUCUGAAUUAUCACAUGAGGAUCCACACAGGAGAGAAACCAUACACAUGUUCUCAGUGUGGGGAGAGUUUCAGAUACUUAACAUCUCUUAAUAAACACAAGAGGACCCACACGGGAGAGACACCAUUCACCUGCACUCAGUGUGGCUUGAGUCUGAAUUGCAAACAGAGUCUGGAGAUGCACAUGAGGAUCCACACUGGAGAGAAACCGUUCACAUGUUCUCAGUGUGGGAAGAGUUUCAGUCAAGCCUCAUCCCGUAAUAGACACAUGAUCAUCCACAAUGGAGAGAAAACACACGAAUGUGACCAAUGUGGGAAAGCCUUUUUGAGGGCUUCAGAACUGAAGAUUCACCUUAGAGUUCAUACAAAGGAGAAAUCCUAUUCAUGCUCUGUGUGUGGAAAGACUUUUAAACACCUCCACACUUUAAGAGUUCAUGAGAAGACCUACACUGGAGUGAGAGAGUUCAUGUGCUUUGAGUGUGAGAAAACCUUUAUUACAGCUAUAGCCUUAAAACUGCACAAGAGGACUCACACUGAAGAGAAACCUUACCAGUGUGAACACUGUGACAAGAGUUUUAGACUGCCAAACACCUUGAAAGCGCAUGAGAGAAUUCACACUGGAGAGAAACCUUACAUGUGUUCAUACUGUGACAAGAGAUUCAGUCGGUUAGAUUCACUGAAGUCACAUGAGAAGGUUCACACUGGAGAGAAACCUUACAAGUGUUUACUAUGUGGGAAGAGCUUCAGUUGGUUACUGAGCCUGAAAAUGCAUGAGAAGAUUCACUCUGAAGAGAAACCUCACAAGUGUGCAAACUGUGGAAAGAGAUUCAGACAACUACGAAGCCUGAAAAUUCAUUAAAGGAUUCACACUGGAGAGAAACCCUACAAGUGUUCACACUGCGACAAGACAUUCAGUUACUUAGAAAGCUUGAAAUUACAUGAGAGGAUUCACACUGGAGAGAAAUCUUACAUGUGUUUCCAGUGCAAGAAGACAUUCGGUAGGUUAGGACAACUGAAAAGACAUGAGAUGAUUCACACAGGAGAGAAACCGUACAAUUGUUCACACUGCGACAAGAGAUUCAGUCGAUCAGAAAACCUGAAAAAACAUGCGGCGAUUCACACUGGAGAGAAAACUAACUAGUGUUCACAUUGCAACAUGAUUCAGUCAGCUACGAACCCUGCACAAACACAAGUGCAAGUAUUUGCAGCUUAAGACUACUCAAACUACCCAAAUGGCAAACAUUUACCUAGACCAGGGGUCACCAAACUUGUUCCUGGAGGGCCGGUGUCCUGCAGAUUUUAGCUCCAACCCUAAUCAAACAGACCUGAACAGCUAAUCAAGGUCUCAUAUGCAUACUUGAAACACUCAGGCAGGUGUGUUGAAGAAAGUUGGAGUUAAACCCUGCAAAGACACCGGCCUUCCAGGACUGAGAUUGGUGACCCCUGACUUAGACAGUCAAGCUGGGCGAAUAAUCGAAAAGUAAUUGAAAUCGACAAUCAGAACCUGUAAUCAAUUUUUUUUCCAGGUCAAUUUUUCAGUAAUUUUCUCUACUGCGUAUGGAGUCAUGUGACACUGCUCUGUUAAGGCUGAUUUAUACUUCUGCAUCGAACCCUCAGGUAUGAGUGGAAGCUGUGCCAUAUAUGCCUCGAGACGGCGUAUUUGUUAUUAAAAUAAAAUGAUUAUUGAAAAUGAU